AUGGGUGCCCUGAGGUGGCUUUUUUGGGCUGGGCUGAGCUGCCUGAGCUGCUGUUGUCCCCGCGGGGCAGAGGCACAGUUCCCCCGUGUCUGCAUGACGGUGGAGGCCAUUCAGUCGAAGCGCUGUUGCCCGGCCUUGGGGCUGGAGCCAGGCAACGUGUGUGGGUCGCUGCAGGGCAGAGGACGCUGCCAGGGGGUGCAGGUGGACACUCAGCCCUGGAGUGGCCCAUACACUCUUCGAAAUGUGGAUGACCGGGAAUGGUGGCCCCUCAAGUUCUUCAACCAGAGCUGUUGGUGCACAGGAAACUUUGCUGGCUACAACUGUGGUGACUGCAAAUUUGGCUGGACUGGCCCUGACUGCAAUGUCAGGAAGCCGCCAGUUGUCAGGAAGAACAUCCAUUCCUUGACAGCAGAGGAGAGGGAGCAGUUCUUCGAUGCUCUAGACCUUGCAAAGACUACCAUUCACCCAGACUAUGUAAUUGCAACUCAGCACCGGAUGAGUCUGCUUGGUCCCACUGGAGAGGAACCGCAAAUUGCCAAUUGUAGCAUUUAUAACUACUUUGUCUGGCUUCAUUACUACUCAGUCAGAGACACACUACUAGGGCCAGGCCAUCCCUUCACAGCUAUUGAUUUCUCCCAUCAAGGACCUGCCUUUGUAACUUGGCAUAGGUACCAUUUGCUGUUGCUGGAGAGAGACCUGCAGCGACUGAUGGGCAAUGACUCCUUCGCACUGCCCUACUGGGACUUUGCCACGGGUAGAAAUGUGUGUGAUGUGUGCACGGACCAGCUCUUUGGAGCAUCGCGGCCAGAUGACCUGGGGCUAAUCAGCCUGAAUUCCAGAUUCUCCCGGUGGCAAAUAGUUUGUAACAGCUUGGAUGAUUACAACCGCCUGGUGACACUGUGCAACGGGAGUGAUGAGGGGCCACUGCGGCGGAGGCCGCAGAGGGACUCAGGCGAGCAGCUGCCCACCAUGGAAGAUGUCAGGAGGUGCCUUUCCCUGCAGGAGUUCGACAGCCCCCCAUUUUUCCGCAAUUCCAGUUUCAGCUUCAGGAAUGCACUGGAAGGAUUCAAUAAACCAGAGGGAGCCCUGAACUCACCGAUGCUGAGCCUCCAUAAUUUGGCUCACUCUUUCCUGAAUGGGACCAGUGUUCUCCCUCAUGCAGCUGCCAACGAUCCCAUCUUUGUGGUUCUUCACUCCUUCACUGAUGCCAUCUUUGACGAGUGGAUGAAGCGGUUUAACCCCCCUGACAACUCCUGGCCUGAGGAGCUGGCCCCUAUUGGUCACAACAGACUGUACAAUAUGGUCCCUUUUUUCCCUUCUGUGACAAAUGACCAACUCUUCCAAACUGCGGAGCAGCUUGGCUACACCUAUGCCAUUGACCUGCCAGGUUCACUUGAAGAAACCCAAGCAUGGGCUGUCAAGAUUGGAUCUACAAUUGGAGGAGCAUUUAUAGCUUUGGCCAUGCUCAUUCUGCUGCUUGUAUUUUUCCAGCACCGAAGGCAGAGAAAAGGUUUUGAACCACUGAUGAAUGUGAGCUUCAGCCCCAAAAAGUACAUGGAAGAGGCCUAG